GGAAAAGGCCUGCAAUGUUUCUUUCUCCUGCUCUCUAUCUUCUUUCAUGACCUUAAGACCUGAUCCAAGGUUCCAGUGGAGAGAUAGCUCUGACAGACAGCUUGCUCUUUUGCUAUUCGCCUGGGAAAAUAACGACCUUCCUUUCUGCUGUUGGGGAUCAGAAGAAGAGUCCGGAUAAUAGCUCUACCUCUAUUUUCGGCUGCGCCGCGCCCUCAAAGUGAAAUUAGGCUGAUGGAUUUUGACUAUGAUCCAGCAAUUGGUCUCCUUGAUAAUCAACAUGCUGACGAUCAAGAUGGCAUUACCGUGCAGGCAGAGAUUGAUAUCAAAGGAACAGAGGCAUCCGGACUUUUAUUGUCAUUUGAGCACUACAACUAGACAGAACGGUGACCGUGUUUCAGCAAGCACUUCCAUUGAUACCGUGCAAACUACCAGCUGUCAGGAAGAGAUAUGUAUCUACCAUGUUCCGGAAAAAAUUAGGCGAGUAAAUAGUAAUGCCUAUGACCCUCAGGUAAUCUGUAUAGGCCCAAUUCACCGAAAGAACGAAAAAGAAUUUAUGAAAAAACUGAAGGGAGCGUAUUUCGACCAAUUCCUUGACAGACUCCCUGAGGAAAAAAGGGCAGUUUUUCAGCAGGGACUUGAGAGCACCAUUAAAGAUUGUGUAGAUGAAAUCCGCAAUUGCUAUGAUGAUUGUUCAUUAGAUGAAGAAGGAUUUUUGAAGAUGAUUAAAUGUGAUGCUGUAUUCAUCCUUGAGCUCUUCUUGAAGACCGGAGAAUAUGAGAGAGAUGGAAACAAAUCUCAAGACGGAAAUAAGUACGAUUAUAUAAUAGGUAAUCCCUGGCGGAAAACUGCUGUUCAACUGGACCUGAUAUUGCUCGAAAACCAGCUGCCGUUCUUCAUUCUUGAUAAAUUAUAUAAAAUUGCCACCAUACACAUUAAACCGGCCGGUUGCUGUUGUUUCCUGGAACUUACUUGCCAGUACUUUAAGAAGUACAAGAAGAAAGAAGCCAAUCCUCAGAAAAUAUUACAUUUCACUGAUUUGGUAAGGUUUUUUCUGUCCUCCGGACACCCAUCUGCAGAUUAUAGUACGCCAAUUAUCUAUUUUAAUAGAGCAACUAGGCUGGAAGAAGCAGGAAUGAAGUUCAAGCCAAUGCCAGAUGCAUGCUUACUUGACGUAAGGCUAGGGAGUGGAGGCCAGGAAAGAGAAGGUAUCAAGAAAGGUGAGUUGCAUAUUCCAAUCCUUGAGAUUGACGAAUAUGCUGAAUGUCUCUUACGAAACCUUAUGGCGCUGGAGCAAUGUCAUUUUCCUAAUGAAGCGUACAUCUGCCAGUAUGUUAAAUUCUUGGAUUUGCUUGUGGAUAAUAAUAAAGAUGCAGACUUGCUCAUUGAAAGUAAAGUUAUUAUUAAUAGGCUUGGAGAAAGUGCUGCUGUGGCUAAGCUGAUUAACAACCUUUGCCGAAAUAUCAUAGAAGUUUCUUCAUGUUAUAACAGUCUCGCCAAAGAGUUAAAUGAUUACUCUAAUAGCUGGUAUAACCAGAUUAAGGCCUACCUCAGAAGACAUUUUUUCAGGAAUGUUGUGACAGGCACUGCAACUGUUGUAGGAUUGACCGUCCUGAUUUUAAAAAUCGUCAAGUUUACUCGAUCCUUUUAAUAAUACUCAAGGUUCGAAUGCUUCAGUGUCUGUAGAAUUCCUUUUCCCCUUCUGUAAAUAAAUCUUAGUUCACUUGUUUUAUUGUAAAAAUAAGAGAAUAAUCAUUAGUAUUGUACCUUGUUGAAAUCAACUUUAAGGAA